CUGAGGUCUCUGGCAGCCGAUCGGCUCGACCGAUCAUCCGCCACGUGUCUUACCUUCGCCCCUUUCCUCCUUCCCCAUCUUCGCCCCCAUCGAGAUCCUCCUCCGCGGCGGAGGAAGACGACGAUUGCUUAUCGCCUGCCUCUCUGUCUCCUUCUCGUUCUCUCUCUACCUCCUCCCCGUCACCAUCGCCAUGAGCUUUGCAACGGAACAAGUGAUCGGUGCGCGGUUACUUACUCCUCGGGGACGAAUCAGUGUCAUCCGACAGGUGCAGCGGCCUCAUCUCUGCUCUGAUCUCCUACGGUUCGCAGCCUUCUUCAGCACGGCGGCAAUCUACGUGGCGGCGGAGAUCCGAUUCACGGAAGAAGCAACGGCGAGCGUUCUAGCCGAAAUCUCGACCUUUCGACAACUAUCCCCUCGCAGGAUUAGCCACAUCACCGUCGUCAUCAUCUUUACAGGGGACAUCACGGCGAUCCUUCCAGCGAUCCACUCCGACAUCUAUCGGACGUUGCGCGUCUGGGCCGGGGAGUCUGCGCGAGCCCCCACUCUCUCCUAUCGUAUUAAGGAGAACAGCGCGUUGCUAUUGAGCGAAGAGAAGUGGGACGCGUGGUGGGAGGAUUACAUCGAGCUCGCUUUCUGUUUGUUGGAGAUAGAGUUCCGCCGGGCCGAAGCGGCACCAUUUGGAGAGGGACCAGAGCACCCGGAGGACAGCGUGGAGCUUAUGAUCAUCCAGGCCUGGAGGACGGCGGAGGAAGGCGAUCUGCUGGGGUUCGUAUUCGGAAAAGUGGAAGAGGGCAAUCUCACCCUGAUUACGGACGAGUUGCUGAUAUUUUUGACCCAGCUGGUGGACGAUCUGCCCCUGGACAUUUUGUCGCGUUGUGACGAGCGGCCCGGCACCCACGUGCUGUCUCGAACGCUCGAGCCACACCUUGUGUGGUCCACGUGCACGGAGAUUGACGAAGACAACUGCCUCUACCCCUCCCAAGCGCUUUAUUUGGAGAUCGACGUCACCGAUCUCACGUUCUGGGACCCGAUUGCGCGAAGAAACGUGGCGCAAGACGAGGAAGAAGAAGAAGAGGAGCAGGGAGAGGGGCUAUCGAGUGAGGAACGGGACGAUCCUAACUACGUCCCAGAAAGAGAAACAGGGACAACCAAUGGAUUGAGCCAGCAGCGUGGAAAGAACGAGGAGGAAGAACGGAGGAAGCGGAAGCGCUAGGAAACCGCGGAGGUAAAGCGACUCGCGACGGACAUUCCUCCUAUUGAUCCAUCGAUAAGGGAUCCGUGGCGUGAUCCGGAGCCACCGGAAGA